AUGGUCGUAACACAAAAAAAGCAUGGAGUUCUGAAGAGAUUAGACACUGUCGAGGUUGUCAUUGGGGAUGGCGGCUUCCUUUACUGCAUGGAGCGGCGUGGUUAUGUUAAAGCAGGCGCCUGGACACCAGAGGCUACUGUAGAACACCCAGAAGCUGUUCGACAGCUUCACAGUGAAUUUCUGAGAGCCGGAGCUGAUGUAAUGCAAACAUUUACAUUUUAUGCCAGUAAAGACAAGCUGGAAAAUCGCAGCCAUUCAGCUGGACAGAUCGGGUAUGAAGCCAUAAACCAAUCUGGGUGCGUACUGGCAAGGGAUGUGGCCAGCAAAGGAGAUGCUCUGGUGGCGGGGAACAUCUCACAGGUGCCGGAUUAUCUAAGCGGGCCUGGAAAGGAGGUAGUGCAGAAAGAAGACAAACGGAUAUUUUUGUCCAGAAUGACGUCGAUUUCUUGA